GCUAUCAAUCAAACAGGUCAUGUCAAACCAAGAGAAGAACAACCAUCUCCCUCUCUCUUCUGCUUUUGCCAAGCUUCCAGAUCAUCUCCUUAUUGAAAUUUUCAUUCGCCUCCGUAUCUCUGACUGGGGAACUCUCUCUUGUGUUAACAAGCAAUGGGCUCAUCUCUUUCGCCAAGACUUGCUCUGGAAUGCUGCUCUUCUCACCACUUUUCCUCUCGCUGCUCCUCCCCACCUUAACAGAAACACAUGGCCAGGCCCUAUUCCUCAAGGCUUGACCAAAAGGAGAUAUACUGCAUUGUAUGUCAGCAAACACAUCUUUUCACUUGGUGAAAAUUUGGAUGACGAGAUUGUUGGUCACGUUUAUUUAUUUCUCAAAGAGCAGCUUGAAAUUUCAAAAAUGCCCCCUUUGUCUGGAGUACUUCAUGGAACCAUCAUAGAUCAGUUUAUUGCCUGUGGUAAGUCGAGGGACAUGGCUCAUGAGCUUGCUUCAAUAAUCUGGCUGGCUGUGGUUGACAAUUUGGAGGAGAAUGAACAAACAUUUAAUUUGCUAAAGCGUCUUGCAUCAGAAGGGGAUGUGAUCUUACCUUUCCCAUAUUCAAGGUCUUAUAAAGUCCAAUGGAGAGUGUUUGAAAGGCUUUUCACAGACUUCCGCGACUGCUUGAAUCAUGAGGAGUACUGUGAUCUAUUGGCAUGUGCCAAGCAAAAGUUUCAACAAGUACCAUCUGUUUGGUUGGGCUACUAG